GCACGCGUGGGAAAGUUGGCCUGGAACCGGCCCGACCAGUUCUGCCCGGGCGCGCGGACCGGCCGCAGGAAGUUGCUGCAAAACUUUUUUGGGGGGUGCAGCCGGUGCCCCCCGCGCGCCGGGCCCGGAUGCGCGCCGGGUAGGGUCCCCCCGGGCCGAGAGGGGUGCCCGGAGGGAGGAGCGCGGAGGGGGCGCCCCGGCCCCGCUGCCCUGGGGCUAUGGCCAUGGUGACCGGCGGCUGGGGCGGCCCCGGCGGCGGCGGCGGUGGCGGCGACACGAACGGCGUGGACAAGGCUGGCGGCUACCCGCGCGCGGCCGAGGAAGACUCGGCCUCACCCCCCGGCGCCGCCAGCGACGCCGAGCCGGGCGACGAGGAGCGGCCGGGGCUGCAGGUGGACUGCGUGGUGUGCGGGGACAAGUCGAGCGGCAAGCACUACGGCGUCUUCACCUGCGAGGGCUGCAAGAGCUUCUUCAAGCGGAGCAUCCGCCGCAACCUCAGCUACACCUGCCGGUCCAACCGUGACUGCCAGAUCGACCAGCAUCACCGGAACCAGUGCCAAUACUGCCGCCUGAAGAAGUGCUUCCGGGUGGGCAUGAGGAAGGAGGCGGUGCAGCGCGGCCGCAUCCCGCACUCGCUGCCGGGCGCCGUGGCCGCGUCCUCGGGCAGCCCCCCGGGCUCGGCGCUGGCGGCGGCGGCGGGCGGAGACCUCUUCCCGGGGCAGCCGGUGUCGGAGCUGAUCGCGCAGCUGCUGCGCGCCGAGCCCUACCCCGCGGCGGCCGGGCGCUUCGGGGCGGGCGCGGCGGGCGCGUUCGGCGCGGGGGGCGGCGCGGCGGGCGCGGUGCUGGGCAUCGACAACGUGUGCGAGCUGGCGGCGCGGCUGCUCUUCAGCACCGUGGAGUGGGCGCGCCACGCGCCCUUCUUCCCCGAGCUGCCGGUGGCCGACCAGGUGGCGCUGCUGCGCCUCAGCUGGAGCGAGCUCUUCGUGCUGAACGCGGCGCAGGCGGCGCUGCCCCUGCACACGGCGCCGCUGCUGGCCGCCGCCGGGCUGCACGCCGCGCCCAUGGCCGCCGAGCGCGCCGUGGCCUUCAUGGACCAGGUGCGCGCCUUCCAGGAGCAGGUGGACAAGCUGGGCCGCCUGCAGGUCGACUCGGCCGAGUACGGCUGCCUCAAGGCCAUCGCGCUCUUCACGCCCGAUGCCUGCGGCCUCUCGGACCCAGCACAUGUGGAAAGCCUGCAGGAAAAGGCACAGGUGGCCCUUACUGAGUACGUGCGGGCUCAGUACCCGUCCCAGCCCCAGCGUUUCGGUCGCCUGCUGCUGCGACUCCCCGCCCUGCGCGCGGUCCCUGCCUCCCUCAUCUCCCAGCUGUUCUUCAUGCGCCUAGUGGGCAAGACGCCCAUUGAGACGCUGAUCCGAGACAUGCUGCUGUCGGGAAGUACCUUCAACUGGCCCUAUGGCUCAGGCCAGUGACCCCACGGGACCUGGAUGUGUCGGCCUCACGGGGGGCCCCCCGAGUGGAGGACCUUGGCUUCUUUCACCAGACUCCUACUAUUUUUUAAAGACUGUGAAAUGUUUGUCUUCUCUGUUUUUUAAAUGAUCACGAAACCAAAAAGAGAGUGCUUGUCCAGACUCCAGCCUCGGCCUCCCCAGGACUUCUGGCCAGAAUAGAGGGGGAGGGACCGAGGGUCCAGUUCAUUUCUGGGGCAGCCUGGAGCCGGGCACCCCAAGCAUAAGCUCUUGGGAUGGUGAGGUUGGCUUCCCGUGUGUGAUGGACAAAGGCCUGGUGUCUGGGCUCGAGGGGCAGCUGCAGCCCGGCAGGGGUAGUAUUUGCCAGGCAGAUCCUCUGGACAUGUAAUCCAUGGACACUACAUGAGGAAUGAAUCAAGGCCAAUAAUAAAGACGUUUCCUACCUGCA